AAGUGAGAGAGCGCCAUGGCCAAGCCUCACAUCCUCGUGGUGCCCCUGCCGGCCCAGGGCCACGUCACCCCGCUCAUGGAGCUCUCCCACCGCCUGGUCGACCACGGCUUCGAGGUCACGUUCGUCAACACCGAGGUGCCUCACGCGCGGGUCGUCGGCGCGCUGCAGGCGGCGGGCGGCACGGCGGCGCUGGCCGGCAUCCACCUGGCGUCCAUCCCGGACGGACUGGAAGAUGGGGAACGCUUGGACGUCGACAAGGUCGGCGACUCCUACUCCCGGCACAUUCCGGGCCACCUGGAGCGGCUCAUCGCCGGAAUGGAGGCGUCCGGGAGGCCCAAGGUGAGGUGGAUCGUCUGCGAUGUGUACAUGUGGUCGUCCUUCCUCGUCGCCAAGAAGUUUGGCAUCCGCGUGGCCGCAGUCUGGCCGGCGGCGGCGGCGUGCUUAGCCAUUAGUAUGAAGGCCCCUAAGCUGAUAGAGGAUGGGCUCCUCAACGACAAGGGUUCGCCGGAGCGUGACGAGAUGUUGCAGCUUGCCCCCGGAAUUCCGGCGCUCCACACGUCGCAGCUGCCGUGGAUCAAUUUCAUCGCGCCCGAGUGGCAGAGGGCCUUAUUCGAGCUGUGCAGACAGACCGAGAGGGUCAGCGCCCUCGCCGAGAUGGUGGUGUGCAACUCUUUCAGCGAGCUCGAGGCCGGCGCGUUCACGGUCCUGCCGCCGAACGUCCUGCCCGUUGGGCCCCUGACAUCAGACAGGGAGCUCCAGAAGCCCGUCGGGCAGCUGCUGCCGGAGGACACCCGGUGCCUCCCGUGGCUCGACGCGCAGCCCGACGGGUCCGUCGUGUACGUGGCGUUCGGCAGCUCGACCUUCUUUGACCCGCGCCAGUUCCGGGAGCUCGCCGAGGGGCUGGAGCUCGCCGGCCGGCCGUUCCUCUGGGUGGUGCGCACGGACUUCACCACCGGCGACCUGAACAAAGCAUGGUUCGACGAGUUCACGGCCCGCAUCGCCGGCACGGGGAUGGUGGUCAGCUGGUGCCCCCAGCAGAAGGUCCUGGCGCACCGCGCGGUGGCCUGCUUCGUGUCGCACUGCGGGUGGAACUCGACCAUGGAGGGUGUCAGGAACGGCGUGCCGUUCCUGUGCUGGCCCUACUUCUCCGACCAGUUCCUGGACCGGAACUACGUCACCGACGUGUGGCGGACCGGCCUGGCCGUGUCGCCCGGCGCGGACGGGGUCGUGACCAAGGAGGAGCUGAGGAGCAAGGUGCAGCAGGUCAUCGGCGACGACGAGAUCAGGGAGCGGGCGCGGCUGCUCAGGGACGCGGCCGGCCGGGCUAUCGGCGAGGGGGGAGCCUCGUACGAGAACUUCCGAAAGUUCGUGGAUCUGCUGCGUGAAUGAGAGUCGUCGCCGGCGCUCUCUGCACGCCAAGGGAAUCCCAUGCUCGCUCGCAGAUGAGCUUGUACCUGUGGUGUGCUGCUGUUCUGAUUGGGCAAGGACCCUUGUUUAAUAAUCAGAAAUUCAGAAUAAUGUUUCCAAUUUGGUUCGUUGACA